CUGAAGGCUUAGAGAUCAUGCUAGGAGUGUUCUCCAGUGGGCUCCUCAUCUAUAGGGACAGGCUGAGAAUCAACCGCUUCGCCUGGCCCACGGUCCUAAAGAUCUCCUACAAGAGAGACAACUUCUACAUCAAGAUACGCCCUGGAGAGUUUGAGAGCAUGAUUGGCUUCAAGCUCCCUAACCACCGUGCAGCCAAGAGACUGUGGAAGACUUGUGUUGAGCAACAUACAUUCUUCAGACUGGUGUCUCCAGAGGCCCCCCCGAAGAAGUUCCUAGGUCUUGGUUCUAUGUUCCGCUAUAGCGGUAGAACCCAGGCUCAGACCCGGAGAGUCUCCUCUCAGAUCAUCAGGGCCGCGCCCUUCUUCGAACGCUCCUCCUCCAAACGCUACCCCAUGUCACGGAGUCUCGACGGAGUGCCCAUAACAGAGAACCACCACACCCUGAUGAUGAGGGAAGCUACACCAGCCAAAGCUGUCGCCACCGGAGACCUGAUCCCCACGGUAACCCCAGAGAAGAAGACAGGGGAGGAGGAGAAGGCUGGGGAAGAGGCGGAGCAGACCUUCGCCGACGAGAUGUCGGAUUGCAACGUAAUUUCAACCACGCUCAGACAUGACAACAAGACGGACAGCGAGCAAACUGACUUUGACUUGGACGGGGAAACCACGGCCUCCGAGUCGGAGCCAGAGGAUGAUUACUCUGAAAAGAAGACACAGGACACAGAAGAGUUGGAGGAGAAGGCGAAGCACCAGAGAGACAUCAGCUCCUUCCUAGAGAUACCAGGCGGUGCUGACGCCCCGGGACUGAAGAGACUGUCCCCGUCUUCUCCAGCACGCUCCCACAGCGGGGGAGUGGAGGAGGCACCUAUGAUUGAACCACUAGACACCCGACAGGACCCAGAGCCAGAGGAGGUUCCUGCUGCUGAGGAAGAGACGCAGCAGGAGGCACAAGCUAAUGCCAUUGAGGCUACAGACAAGUCAGGCAUGGUGGACCCUAGUGAUUUUAUGGUGGGGGCGGAGACUGCUGGAGCACAGGGGAGUUGCCUGAUGCGUGACACCUUGGAGGACAUCACCAGUGACUGGAUGGACAGAGAGAUGGACGAAGAAAAAGAGGACAGAGAAGGAAAGAAAUCGCCGGUGUCUCCAGAGCUAAAUAUCAGUCCAGGGACAGUCAGACAGGAAGUCUCUACGGCCAUCUUGGACAAGAGAGGAACACUCAUCAUCCUGAGGGAAAUGGAGUCUGAAGACAAGAUGGACGCCAGUGACCAGAUGGAUAACGGCGCAACCUUCACCGACCAGGAUGAAGGAGGGGGGAGUCUUUCCAUCAAGGAGAAUGACGUUGGAGAUGGUCUGACCCGAUCGAAGGAGAACGAUACUCAAUUCACCUUGAAUGAAGAAGAGAAUGGCAGUGAGGUAGAUGCUAAGACCACGUUUAUGGAGACCAGCAAUGAGAGACUUAACUUAAACCAGACUGAGACUGAAGACGAAUUGGGUGGUAUUAACUCACUGAACAUGAGUGACGUUAACUCACUUCAGAAGAAUGAAGCUCCGUAUUCCUCUGUGGUCAUCACAAAGACAGAUGAAAGGUCAGAGGUCGCCAGGAGGUCACGUGAGGAGGCGACAGACUUGGACCGGAUUACCCAGGACGCACCACUACAGAGAGAGGAGUCGCGCGGCCUGGACGAAGCCCGGAGCGACCUGUCACAGUCGAGCUUCGCCAACGGUCAAUUUGACACCAAACCAUCGCCGGGAUCUCGAGCCAUGAGCUCAGCUGGAGAGGAGGAGGAGGAGACAGGAGGGAGCCAAGAAGCACCUGAGACAGCACCUACGAAACCCGAGCCAGCAGAGGAGUCGACCAUGAAGGAGGUUCCUGUUGUCCACACAGAGACGAAAACCUAUGAGUCUUCAGAGGUGUGUUCAUUCGGGCAGAAGAAGAGAAAAGGAAAGCAACAAUGAGUUUCUACUUUGUUCAGGAGUAAGGACAGCUCUAUAUCCCCCCUGGUAGAAGGACUCGCCCUCCAAUCUCCUCCAGCGUCAUGAUGGACCUCAUUACAUUACUGUGCCCGCCUGCUGGGCCU